AAGCGGUGAGCAGGAAAGAGGAGCGGCGGCUUAUUGAAUUGACGGCCUUCGGUGGACUGAGCCUACUAAGCGAAGAAUCUCAGUGGCUGGACGACGGGGUGAUGAGACAAUCAUAAAAUCGGUGGCAACUCAGACAGCUGGUGGUGGCGUUAAAAGAGAAAACAAGCCUUUAAGCAGGGACUGGGGUAGAAAGGGGGAGGUGGAAGGAAACGAAGGCGGAAAUAGGAAACCACAACUCCCAGGAGGCCUAGCGCCGAGUCUCGGCGUCCUCGGCGGCGAAGCCGGAUGAGAAGAGUAGUAGUUUUGCUUCCAACAGCUUAACCCAAAGUUAAGAGGUUGGAAGUUCUGAGGCCUGGUGCGUCCGGAGUAGGAGAGAGAUGGAACUAGAGCAGAGAGAGGGAACCCUUGAGCGAUAGAGGUCUGCACUGAAGUUUCCUGCGGGAAGAAAAGGCUAGGGCUCUGAUUCCGGGAUCUGACGGACGAAGAGGACCAUGGCAGCCGUAGGCUUUGACGAGUUCUCAGCACCGCCAGGCUCAGAGCUGGCGCUGCCUCCCCUUUUUGGCGGUCACAUUCUGGAGAGUGAGCUAGAGACAGAAGUGGAGUUUGUGUCUGGCGGUUUGGGUGGCCCAGGGCUUCGGGAGCGAGAUGAAGAGGAAGAGGCAGCCCGGGGUCGGAGGCGGCGCCAGCGGGAACUAAAUCGCAGAAAGUACCAAGCUCUAGGUCGCCGCUGCCGGGAGAUCGAGCAGGUGAACGAGCGGGUCUUGAACAGGCUCCACCAAGUGCAAAGGAUAACUCGGAGACUUCAGCAGGAGCGGAGGUUCCUCAUGAGAGUGUUGGACUCCUAUGGGGAUGAUUACCGGGCCAGCCAGUUCACCAUCAUGCUGGAGGAUGAGGGCAGCCAAGGCACAGAUGCCCCCAUCCAAGGCAAUGCUGAGAAUGAACCCCCAGAGAAAGAGGGGCUGUCCCCACCCAGAAGGACUCCGGUACCCCCAGAACCCAGCAGCCCAGCCCCAGGUGAGGGGCCCAGUGGGCGGAAGAGGCGGCGAGCACCACGGGAUGGACGCCGAGCAGGAGCUGCACUGACUCCAGAGCUGGCCCCAGUACAGAUUAAGGUUGAGGAAGACUUUACCUUCGAAGCCGACGAGGCUCUGGAUUCCAGUUGGGUUUCUCGGGGGCCAGAUAAACUGCUGCCCUACCCUACCCUAGCCAGCCCACCCUUUGACUGAACCACCAAUAAACUGACCCC